CCUCAGGAUGAAAUCAUGUGCCUCUUUUUCAUCUACCAAAAAAGAUUUCAAAUCCCAAACCUGAUUCACUCUGAGCAGCUCAAAAGGAAGAAUAAAGAGGCAGAGGAUCUCCUUGAAUUGUGUCUCCAUCAGUGUGGUGAGAUGGAAAGGUGUGAAAGUAAAGAGCUUGAUGCUGAAAUAAGAAACCUGAUAGAGAAGAGUAGCACUUUCACAUCACAUGAGGACCCUGAAGCUGUUGCCCAAGAAAGUCCGAACCAUCAGAGAGCUUCGUGUUCCCUAAAGACCUGCAGUGAAACAAAUGCUCGAGGCCGUCUUGGAUGCACGUGGGCUGAUGUGAGUGAAAUGGAAGCUCCAGCAGACCUGCUCGAAUCAAAGCACGUACUACUGACCAAAAAGAAGACUGUAUUAGCCAAUUCUCUGGAACAACAGAUUCUCUCACUGGAAAGGCAGAGACGAGAGCUUCUGGAGGUGAACAAACAAUGGGAUCAUCAGUUUAGAGCUAUGAAACAACUUUAUGAAGAACAGCUGGCAGAAAUGAAGACAAAACUGGACAUGUCAGAGAGGAGAGUCAGUGAGCUGGAGGAAGAGAGACAUCGACAUCCUCCAGAAAAGGAGAGGCUGCAAGUCCUGGGCAGAGACAGGCUGUCACAGGAAAUGAAAGAAACAAAGGUUCUCAGUGAAGUCCUGCACGACAUGAAGGAAGAGAACAAGCUGCUGAAGCAGAAGAAUGCCUCAAUGAUAAGAAAACAAGAACACUAUGAGUGUGAAAUAAGUCGUCUUAAUAAGGCCCUUAAGGAUGUGUUGCAAAAGAAGCACCAAUCUGUUCCUGGGACUCCUUCAGAGGGGGUUGACAAGAACAGCCUCGAGGACAUGAGAACCCAACUUGAAGUUCUCCAGCAGCAGGUACAAAUAUAUGAAGAAGACUUCAGAAAGGAGCGAUCUGACAGGGAAAGACUUAAUGAGGAGAAAGAAGCAUUGCAGAAGAUUAACGAGAGAUUACAGUCUCAACUGAAUAAACUAAACUCUCAGAUUAAGACCUGUGUGAAGGGAAAGGAAAAACUAGAAAAGCAGUUGCAGCAGCAGACAAAAGACCUCCCGGUACAGUCUGAGAGACCCAGUUACCCACCUCCACUCUUUCUCUCCCCAUGCGUUAAUUAUGGGAACUGUGGGUUGGUCCUUCACUAUCAAGAUCCUCGAGUACAUCCAAUGUCUCGCAGGGCACACGAACAGCAGCAACACUCACCAGACUAUCAGUGGUAUGUUCCUGACCAGUUUCCGCCAGAUGUGCAGCACAAGGCAAAUGAUUCAUCCUCAGAGAAAGGAGCCCAUCGCUGACAUCCUCUGACCUGGAGAAGCAUAGACCAAAGUCUGCAAGCGCGUCGUGCAACUUCAUUAUUCUGUAUUGUUCUGUGUUUUUGCCCCUAGCUCCUUAUCUCUUUGGUACAUGUUAUUUAUGCCUGGUGAAAUGCCUGCAAGGACAAUAGGAAAGCAGAUCAUUCAUGCUGGUGAUCCUCAGGAUCUAGUUAAACUCUGCUGGAAGUGUUACUGCCCUUUGUUCUGAAGAUGCUGUUUGUGCUGGCUAUGAGAAUCUGUUAAAAAGCCUUAUGUUAAGAGAUGCAGCUAUUGCUGGGGAUUUGGAAGGCAGUCGCAUCUGGUUUGAAUUCAAGAGUUUCCAGCCCAAUAGUGUUGUGAUAUUUUCUGUUUGAGAAUUAUAGUUGUUUUUAUUUGAUUCUUGGGAAUGAUUUCUUGAUGUACCAUCCUGAAUUAUGUACUAUUUUCCCUGGUUGUGUGGUAAAAAGGAAAUGAGUUUCACUGUUUUAACACAUUUGUGUAAUUGUGAUUGGGGUACCACUGAUGCUAGGCCAGGUACAAUGUACCUACAUGUAUUUCUACUCUGACUCCAGGCCAGCUCUCCUGUUGAUUUGGCUCAAAAACUGUAUGGAAAACAUAGUCACGUUGUUUUUUUGUUUGUUUGUUUGUUUCUUUGUUUUGUUUUAGUUUUCAUUUUUUUUUCUGCUGUGUACUUAUUUGAGUCAGUACAGUUUUGGUAAUGAUAAUUUCAUGGGUUUAAUGUCUCAGUAAAAACAGCUUUUUAUUUCCAAGCAAUUCUGAUAAAGAAUCCCACUGUAAUGCAUUCAAACAUUGUUGUGUAACCUCCAAUCUAAGAAUAAAACCUGGGUCUCUAAACAAAA